CCGGGGUAGGGAGUCCCCAAGCUGUCUGAGUUUCUCUGCAGACCUUGUCCCGUCCCGUUUCGGCCGCAGUCUGCCUCAGCACCUUGCCUGCCCACAAUGCCCUUGGAUACUGGCGUGCCUCCUUCAGAGAAUCUGCCGUAGAGACCCUGAAUCGCGCACGAAUUGCGGGGGUUUACCUUCAACACUCGGAGGAACUAGGGGCUAAUGUUAGUCGCUGCCCCUCUGUUACAGCUUUUAAUGUUUUAACCUAUGCGCUUCUAAUGUGACGGAGUACGUUGGCGGAUAACUGACAGAGGAGCGAUUGCAACUGCUUCAGUGGUUACCUGCUCCAACAGUGGUAGUGCGACAGAGCAAAAAGAUUACAGGCGGUAUUUACUGACAGUGCGGACUUUUCUCCAAACAUUUUUUUGCAUGGAUGUAUAAUGGCUACGCUUGUAUGCAGGGUACAGUUCCUAGAUGAUACUGAUCCAUUUAACAGCACGAAUUUUCCUGAGCCGACCAGACCUCCUCACUACACAUUCAAUGAGGAUAUUCCUCUUAUUAAUCAGAUUGCUGGAGUUCAUCGGCUUCUCAAAGCACCACAAAAGCUUGAUGACUGCGCCCUGCAGCUCUCUCACAAUGGCAGCUACCUGGACCUGGAGUCCACACUGGCGGAACAGAAGGACGAGAUGGAGGGCUUCCAGGAAGAAGGAGGAAGAGGGAAGAAGCACAGUAUCAUCCUCCGGACUCAGCUGUCUGUGAGAGUUCACGCCUGCAUUGAAAAGCUGUACAACUCCAGUGGCCGGGAGCUGAGGAGAGCCCUGUUCUCCCUCAAACAGAUCUUCCAGGAUGAUAAGGACCUGGUGCACGAGUUUGUGGUGGCGGAGGGGCUCACGUGCCUCAUCCGCGUGGGAGCCGAGGCCGACCAGAACUACCAGAACUAUAUUCUCAGAGCCCUGGGGCAGAUCAUGCUGUAUGUGGAUGGAAUGAAUGGCCUGAUUAGCCAUAAUGAAACAGUGCAGUGGCUCUACACCCUCAUCGGAUCUAAGUUCCGUCUGGUGGUGAAGACGGCCUUGAAGCUGCUGCUGGUGUUCGUGGAGUACACCGAGGCCAACGCGUCUUUGCUCAUCGAGGCCGUCAGCGCCGUGGACACCAAGAGAGGCUGUAAGCCGUGGUCAAAUGCCAUGGAGAUUCUGGACGAAAAGGAUGGAGUGGACACAGAGUUGCUGGUGUAUGCCAUGACUCUAAUAAACAAGACCCUGGCUGGGCUCCCUGAUCAGGACUCCUACUAUGAUGUGGUGGACUGCCUGGAGGAGCAGGGGAUUGAAGCCAUGGCACACAGGCACCUGAACAGGAAGGGCACCGACCUUGACCUGGUGGAGCAGUUCAACAUCUAUGAGAUGGCCCUGCGUCACGAGGACGGGGACGACGAGACCCAGCCGCCCCCCGCGGGCCGUAAGGACCGCCGGCGGGCCAGCGUGGGAGGGCCCCCAGAGAGGCGGGGCCUGGAGAGGAGGCGCAGCAGAAGACACUCCCUUCAGAACGGCAAGGGCCACACCUCUGCCCCGGCGUCGCCCCAGCAACCACGGCCACGGCCCCAACUUCCCGACGUUCAACGGUUUGAUGCGAGCUCCGAUUCCUGGCGCGUUGGAAAUACUAAAUGGCAUUCCUGUGUAAUUCUCUCAUACUCCCCUGAGCUGGCUCUGUACGUCAUGCGCUAUGAAAACUUGUCCUCUGAUUCACUUGCUGUCGAUGUUUGUAGAGGCGCCCUCCACUAUGCUUCUCCUCUCCCAUUCAGCCUCUUCUUGCCAGACUCACUCUUAUCCGUCUUCACCUCCUGUGUCUUCUCUUCUGUCUCUUCUCCUGUUUUGUCUCCUCCUUACAGUCAGUCAGAUGUAGCACAGGCACAGGCCCCAUGUGCUUUCUGUAUGUCUAGGGCCAGCUUUGGUCCGGCCAGACACCAUGGUCAUGGCACCCCCUACCCUGGCCGGUCUCACUGUGUGGCCAGCGCUCCAUCCACCCCACAGAGCCGCUUCGCUCCUUCAUCUCCUCCUUCUCCCUCAGACGUCAAGACAGACAGAUCCACACUAGGGGGCCUGCUGACGUCCUCUUACCGGCAGCAUCAGGAGUCUCUGGCCGCAGAGCGGGAUCGGCGGCGCGCCGAGAGAGAGGAGCGACUGCAGAAGAUUGAGCGAGAGAGGAGCCGCUUCAAUCGAGACUAUGCCGACAAGCGGGAGGAGGUCAGACAAGCCCGGGAGGACAGGUAUAAACAGGUGGAGAGGAUAGCGGCGGAGGAGUAUGAGCGGGAGCGUGUGAGAGCGCCACCCAGAGGUCGCACUGAGAUCACACUGAGCCUGAGCUCCCGAACCCGAAGCACUUCUUCUUCUCACAGUCCCACUCCGGAGUCUGUCACACGCACACACACAACGCACGGUAAACACCACCACCACGCCAGCAACACCAACUUUGACUUAUUUGAGGUCAGAGAAUAUCAGUGCAUGCUGGCAGGCCAGGAGGUUUCUAGCACCACCACAGGUUUCUCCGUCCACCUGCUGCUCCUGCUUCGAGACUAUGCCGACAAGCGGGAGGAGGUCAGACAAGCCCGGGAGGACAGGUAUAAACAGGUGGAGAGGAUAGCGGCGGAGGAGUAUGAGCGGGAGCGUGUGAGAGCGCCACCCAGAGGUCGCACUGAGAUCACACUGAGCCUGAGCUCCCGAACCCGAAGCACUUCUUCUUCUCACAGUCCCACUCCGGAGUCUGUCACACGCACACACACAACGCACGUAAAUGAGCCCCGGUCUAAGCCAAGCCGUGACCCACAGACUCCUGCCCGUUCAGAAGUGGAGCCGCCACCGUCUGCCUCCCCCUCAGAACCUCCCUCAGGCGCUUCCCCACACUCCCCCUCUGGCCCAGACCAGCGGCAGUCAGCUGAGGAGCUCGUCCCGACGCCAGCGCAGCCUGACAGACCUGCGGAGGAGACGCAACCGGAGGCACCGCAGAUAGAGGAGCAGCAGGAGAGGAGUGAGGAGCAGGCGGUAGAGGAGAAGCCAGGAGCGGAGCGGCAGCCACAGGUGGAGGAAGAAGAAGAGAAGACAGGUGUGGAGGAAGAGGUAGAGGAGGAGGAAGAGGAGGAGGCUGAGUUAGAGAUGGAGGGUGAAGAGGAGUCCGAAAAGGAGCGUAUCUUGGUGGAGGUGGAGGAGAGCAGCCUCCUGAGUGAGAAGGAGAGGCAGAACGAGGAGGUGAACGAGAAGGACAACUGCUCAGCCUCCAGCAUCUCCUCAGCAAGCAGCACACUGGAGAGAGAGGAGAAGGAGGAGAAGCUCAGCGGUGAUAAUAACUCAGGCCAGUGGUCCGAAGAUGUGGAUGCCAAUGACCAAUGUAGUAAGGUGCUCAACGGCUCCCGCUUCAAGCUGGACAAACUCUACAGCCAGAACAAAAAGCCACUAGAUGAGGAGGAGAAGGAGAAAGAGACUGAGAAGGAUGAGAAGCAGAGCGUGAGCCAGGACCUGGCCAACCGCAUCUCCACACUAGAGGCCCGGCAACAGGCGAACGAGGAGAACAUCAAGAAGACGGAUAUAAGCCACCUGGACAACCAGGGCAACGUGCGGGCGGUGGCUGAGAAGUUCGGCGACCUGGUCAAGGGGCUGGGUUCGCCGCCGGAGGUCGAGCUGCUGGAGAAGCAAACGCAGUCGCUGUUGGACAAGAGCCCGUCCACGCCGACUGCUCCGCCCCCACCGCCUAAAAAGGAGUCGGACCAAAUCUGGGACCAGCUGAUGGCCUGCCCCCGUGAGCUGCGCAUCAAGGAGAUGAACUUCACCGACCUGACGGAGGAGGACGACGUGGACAUCCUGGACACGGUCAACGUGAUUACGUCCUCAGACCUCACGCCUCCCCCGCUGCCUCCACCCCUCUGCUUAUCCAUGCUGCCUCCCCCUCCUCCCCUCAUGGGCUGCCCCCCUCCCCCACCCAUGCCCGGCAUGCGGAUGCCACCCCCUCCACCCUUCAUGGCCCCCCCGCCAUACCCGCCUCCAGGCUCCCCAAUGACGAACCGGGGCGAGGCGCCACUCUUCCAGAAGAAGAGGAAGACAAUCCGCCUGUUCUGGAAUGAGAUCCGUCCCUCGGACUGGCAGUACCCAGGCCAGAAGAACAACAGGGAGUCCUUAUGGUCCAAGCUAGAGCCGGUCAAGGUGGACACGUCCAAGUUAGAGAACCUGUUUGAGACCAAGUCCAAGGAGCUACCAGUCGCAAAGAAAACAGCUACAGAUGGCAAACGUCAGGAGAUUAUUGUCCUGGACUCCAAAAGAAGUAACGCUAUCAACAUUGGCCUGACUGUACUUCCCCCUCCCCGUACCAUUAAGACGGCCAUCCUCAACUUCGAUGAGUACGCCCUGAACAAGGAGGGCAUAGAGAAAAUCCUGACCAUGAUCCCCACGGAGGAGGAGAAGCAGAAGAUCCAGGAGGCCCAGCUGCUGAGCCCGGACGUCCCCCUGGGCAGCGCAGAGCAGUUCCUCCUGACGCUCUCCUCCAUCACCGAGCUGUCCGCCCGCCUGCAGCUCUGGGCCUUCAAGAUGGACUACGACACCAUCGAGAAGGAAGUGGCUGAGCCCAUGCAGGACCUGAAAGAAGGCAUGGAGCAGCUGGAGAAGAACAAGACACUGCGCCACAUUCUGUCCACACUGCUCGCCAUCGGCAACUUCCUCAACGGCUCAAACGCAAAGGGUUUUGAGCUGAACUAUCUGGAGAAAGUUCCAGAAGUGAAGGACACUGUGCACAAACAGUCUCUCCUUCACCACGCGUGCUCCAUCGUGGUGGAGCGGUUUCCAGACAGCACAGACCUCUACUCGGAGAUCGGGGCCAUCACCCGCUCUGCCAAGGUGGACUUUGACCAACUCCAGGAGAACCUAUGCCAGAUGGAGCGGAGGUGCAAAGCAUCAUGGGACCACCUCAAGGUCAUAUCCAAGCACGAGAUGAAACCGUCGCUGAAGCAGAAGAUGUCCGACUUUUUGAAGGACUGCGCAGAGCGAAUCAUCAUCCUCAAGAUCGUCCACCGCAGAAUCAUCAACAGGUUCCAUGCCUUCCUGCUGUUCCUGGGCCACCCGCCGUACACCGUGCGCGACGUGAGUGUGCACCGCUUCAGCAAGAUUCUGAGCGAGUUUGCGCUGGAGUACCGUACCACCCGCGAGCGCGUCCUGCAGCAGAAACAGAAACGGGCCAACCACAGAGAGAGGAACAAGACCCGAGGCAAGAUGAUCACAGAUGGAGGGAAGUUUGGUGGCACAGGCCCCGAGGCUCCGGAGGCUGUGGGUCUGGGAUACGCCGAGGAUGCUGCUGAGCAUGAGAACAUGAAGGCCGUUCUGAAGGGCAGCCUCCAAGGCAGCGACAGCAGCCCCUCAACGGUUCCUGGCCUCCGCACAAGAACCCGAGCCAGCAGGGGAUCUCUAGUAGGCCGCAGCAGUUUAUGGUCAUCUGCGAAUGAUGACCCGACCAUUUGCACAGACGACCCGGCGGACGAGAUCAUGGAGCGCAUCGUGAAGUCUGCCACUCAGGUGCCGAGUCAGAGGGCACAGCCUAGGGAGAGGAGGAGGUCCAGAGCCAACCGCAAAUCCUUGAGGAGAACAUUGAAAAGUGGCCUGACCCCAGAGGAGGCCCAGGCUCUGGGCCUGUCCAGUGGUUCUGAGAUGCAGGUGUGACACAGUGAGAUCCAGCAGCUCUGAGUCCAGCACACUCUCUCCUUUUUCACACACAUUGUACAGACAGAAAAACAAAGCCCCUAUUCAUCCAGUCCUGCUCUCCAGGACCUCCUGUCCACACCGUGAGAUGUUCCCCCCUGCUCUCCAGGACCUCCUGUCCACACCGUGAGAUGUGCCCCCUGCUUCUCCUGGCCAGCUUCUCUGCCCUUCCCAUCUGGUUUGGCUGGUUCCUGGAGCUCUGGCCAGCGCUGGACACCUGUUGCACUCAGUGGGUCAUGGAAGCAGUGCAGUAUUUCACAGUGAUCCGCAUGGACAUACACACACACACACACACACACACACACACACACAUAGCUCAGCAGCUUCCAUAUGGAGCAGAAUGUUCCCCUUCGUAGCUGGAAGACCAAGUCGUUAGCUUCCUCCAGCUCUCUCACUCAGGGCUCACAACCAAUGCAGGAUGCACAGCUCAGACUGGACUCGAGUGAUAGACUGAGGUGUUUUAAAACCACUGUGGCCUUUCUGUUAUAUGGACAUGGGACACUGUUCUGCUCACAGAAGUCCACCCUAAUUAGCGACACCAAUGGAUAGCCAAUUGGUGGAGUUACUGUAGCGUAUGGUAGACUCACCUGCAGUGAAUUUUUGGAAAAACGAAAGACAGCUACAUUAACUGUUGUAGGCUGUAGAUUUGCUCUCCUGAGAUACUACAUUUUAGAAGCAGUGUAUGUGCUCUGCUGUGGUAGACUUGGUGAAAAUGGUUCAAGUCCCAAGCUGAAGUGAUGGUCUAAGGCAGUGAAUUGCACUCAGGAAGGAGAGGACUGUCGUUUAAUUCAGUGUGAACGCUUUGAAAUGGAAAUACAUACAGACAUAUGCACAGACCUGGCACAAAAAUCACUGCACAUUGUGAUUUUCCUUGAUCUGCAUAAUUGGAUGUACUGAUAUAAUAUAUAUAUAUAUAUAUAUAUAUAUAUCUACAUGUAACUCCACGUUACAAUUCCCAAUGUCAUGUCUAAUACUUAUCCAACCAACACGGUAAUUUUUCUUGACAAACUUGUGCACCUAACUAUUCCUUUCAAAGAACAAACCACUGCUGAACAAAGUUUUCUUUUUUAUUUCAAUAUCAACAAAAUACUGAGCUUCAAGAGACUGAGUGCCUUUCAAGUAAAUACCGUUGGUCUGCUUAUUCAGUGACAGCCAAGGACAUUCAGCUGUCACUCGCAGACAGGAAACUUCCUUUUUCAGUCUCUUUUGCCCCUUUACCAGUCUUUCUGGAAUACAAUCUCAGUCAUCCACAUACAAAGGCUGAAUUUCCACACACUUUGCAUGUACUUCUUCAGCUUGGAAUGACACACAUGUACAGUACCUUGAACCUUUAUUUCCGACCACAGACCUUCAACAGUAUGCUGUU